GUAAAAGCAUCCCCCAUGCAUGUCGUCGAGCAACCAUCAAAAGCGAGACGCGCACGGGUUUCGCGGCCACGUUGGCAAAUAGAGAAGAUGCCAUAGCUAUAGCGAGAAAUCAAACAUCUCAGACGUAAUCUUUCUUUACCCUCAUUUUAAACCCUUUCCUCGUCCUAUUUAUCCUUUAUUCGUUUCUUGCGUUCUUCGUUCAAAUCCCUCUGCUUGCCUCUCUCUCCCUCUCUCUCUUUUUCUCUUUCUCUCUCUCUCUCUCUCUCUCUCUCUUUCUCUCUCUCUCUCUCUCUCUCUCUCUAUUUAUCUAUUUAUUCUACCUAUCUAUCUAUCUUUCUAUCUCGCUCGCUCGUUUGUCUCGACGUUCAACCCCCGAUGGUGAAUCAAUAAUUAAGGUGACAAAGUGCGGUGAUUGCGCGAUCGUGUCGGUCCAAGAUGUCGGUUAAGAUGACGAGGUAUAAACAAGCAGAGUUCGAGGACGAGGACAGCAGCAGCAUUGGCUCUGUGGCAUUAAAUAGCGAAGGCAUUAGUACUUCAGCUACUCACAUUAGGUACUAUUCGGGUACAACGUUAUGGAGAGCAAGGAAUACUUUAGAGAAAUGUCUUUUUAUAAUAUGUGCUUGUUUGCUAUUGAUGGUAACGGUACUGUCGAUAGUAAUCAGCGGUAAAAGCAGUUGGAACAAAGGACAAUACGUACACGUCGGGGUUCACAGCGAAAAUGCUAGUUACUGUCUCACGGAACAUUGCGUGACGGUGGCAGCGACGAUUAUAAACAGUAUAGAUCAUUCCGUGAAGCCAUGCGAUGAUUUUUACGAGUAUGCCUGUGGAGGUUGGAUAAAAAAAAAUCCUAUGCCAGAUGGAAAGAGCACAUGGGGAAUAUUCGCAAAUAUGGAGCAGCAAAAUCAACUCGCGAUUAAAAACGUACUCGAGAAGCCUUUUAGUGAAAUGAAAUCUAAAGCAGAGAAAAAAGCAAAGAAUUAUUAUAUGUCGUGUAUGGACGCUAAUGAGACCGUCGAGGCGUUGGGAGCUCAACCUUUGCUCGAUCUUUUGGAUACUAUUGGCGGUUGGAAUAUAUCCGGUAACUUUAGCAUCGAUCGUUGGUCUCUACAAAAUAGUAUGCAUAUAUUGCAAAAUGUUUAUAACAUGGGCGGAUUGUUCUCUUGGGCGGUAAAUGAGGACGAUCGUAACAGUACCAGAUACAUAAUUCAGAUCGAUCAAGGCGGGCUCACUUUACCAACGGCAGAUAAUUACCUGAACGUGACCGAGCAUGGUAAAGUAUUGACGGCUUACUUGGAGUACAUGACUAAGAUAGGCGUGUUACUUGGAGGAGAGGAGAAUUCAACGAGGCGACAGAUGCAGGACGUGAUAGCUUUCGAGACAAGAUUGGCGAACAUUACGACGCCUCAAGAGGAACGUCGGGAUGAGGAGAAGCUCUAUCAUUUAAUGUCUUUGAGCGAAUUACAACGCAAGGCGAACUUUAUGUCAUGGGUGGACUUCUUCCAAAACGCAACGCGUAUAGUUAAUAAGAAGAUAAACAGUAAGGUGAUGAUCGUUAAUUUUGCUCCUGAUUUUUUCGCUAAGUUGACGAACCUGGUACAGGAAUAUAACAAGACGAACGAAAAGAAAAUAAUACUGAAUAACUAUCUGGUUUGGCAGACCGUGAGGUCCCUGACGGUGUUUCUUUCGAAGCCAUUUCGCGAUGCUUACAAAGUCUUGAGGAAGGCUCUUGUUGGCUCGGAAGGGAGGGAAGAGCAAUGGCGCUAUUGUGUUACUGAUACAAAUACUCAGAUGGGAUUCGCUGUUGGUGCUAUGUUCGUCAGGGAAGUGUUUCAUGGGAAAAGCAAACCUAUGGCAGAACAAAUGAUCGAUGAGAUACGUCGAGCCUUUACGAAGAAUUUGAAGAAUCUUGAAUGGAUGGACGCUGAUACAAGGAUGGCGGCAGAGCAAAAGGCUAACGCGAUCACCGAUAUGAUCGGUUUUCCAGAUUUCAUUCUGAAUCCUAGCGAUCUCGAUGAGCGAUAUAGAGAUCUUUUGAUUAAGCCAAAUGAAUACUUCCAAAAUAAUAUAAGGGUGAGCAAAUACACUUUAAAGAAAGCUCUUGAGAAACUUGAUCAACCGGUAAACAAGUCCGCUUGGAUCAUGUCGCCAUCAAUGGUGAAUGCUUAUUACACGCCAACGAAAAAUCAAAUCGUAUUUCCCGCUGGAAUCCUUCAGAGUCCUUUCUAUGAUAUGCAAAAUUUUGAUAGUCUUAAUUAUGGUGGCAUUGGCGUUGUUAUGGGUCACGAACUCACUCAUGCUUUCGACGAUCAAGGUAGGGAAUACGAUUUGCAUGGAAAUUUGAAUAGAUGGUGGAACAACGAUACGAUAGAUAGAUUCAAUAAUAGAACGGAAUGCUUUGUGGAGCAGUACAAUACGUAUGAGGUACAAGGUCGUCACGUGAAUGGACGUCAAACUUUAGGAGAGAAUAUCGCCGAUAACGGUGGACUCAAAGCAGCGUACCAUGCUUAUUUAGCAACACUUAAAACCGAGAAGGACCAAUUGCCGUUUCCUGGUCUUAACCUAACGCAUCGUCAAUUGUUUUUCGUUAAUUUUGCCCAGGUGUGGUGUUCUGCUGAAACUUCUGAAUUGACAGCUCUCCAAAUUGAAAAGGAUUCUCACUGUCCACCGAAAUAUAGAGUAAUAGGACCUCUGACAAAUAUGGUUGAGUUCUCAACGGAAUUCGAUUGUCCAAUAGGUUCGAGAAUGAAUCCGGAGGAGAAAUGCGAAGUUUGGUAACGUGCCGGAAUUAGGAGCGAUUCAAUGUCGAUCUCGUUCGAUGGAAUCUUUCUUGUUGUAUGUAACGCUGUGUGAUCGUCGAACUUCCUUUUAGAAAAAUAUCUUGAAUGUCAAUCGACGAAAGAUUCGUCUCAACGCGGAUUUGAUGAAAUGAGCUUCUAUGUAUCAUCAUCAGGAUCAUCGAUAAUAUUCGUUCUCUUUUUUUGCAAAAUUUUUCAAUGAGGAAGUUACGACCGGUCUCGUAAGAAACAUUUAAAAUUACGGAAAAUCUUGUAAUUUUGGUAUAUAUAUGUACGUCGGUACAAAUCGAAUAACGAAUGCUCCGUUUAUAUGGUUGACGAUAAUAAUCUGUAUCUAAAGAUGAUUACUACUACUUCCAUGCGAAUUAAAUUCGUCCAAUGGUAUUCCGAUCCUUUUGAAUCGUUGAUUGGCUGUGAGCGGAUUGGACGAUCGAAUGCCUAAAAUUCCUUAGUCGAAAAUCGACGAACUAUUAUAAUAACGAUAGCUUCUGUCUGAGAAGUGUCUUGCAAUUCAACGAUUCGAACGUAUCGAGUAGUAUUCACAUAAUGUUGGUUCUACGAGAAUUUGGCUAUGAUUCGAGAUAAUAGAAUGGUUUUGAACUUAGAGAAUCGAUAUGAAAGUUGGCUAAGGACCAUUUUAAUGAAUUAUUAGCGCUUCUUAGUCAGGUUAUGUUUGAGAGUUACGUUAUAAGCUCGAGUAUUUCUCAAACUUUUUACUUUUUAGUGUAUUUUCGUCCACGGUUCAUCGAGAUAAAAUCGAUCCAAGAAAAUUUUUUAAACGACGACAGAUCCUUUUUCACUUUUAUACUCGAAAUGAUUCUCGGUGCAUUAGAACACGCGAAAAAUGGACUUCUUCGAUUCUACUGCUUUAUGAGUGAAACGACUUUUAACGUUCAUAAAAAAUAAAAUAUGUGUAUAUAUACUACUAUCGCGUAUACUAGUUCUGUGAUUCUCCUUCGCGUUUACAAUUACCUAAUUUUCGUAUAUCACGUACGUUCUAUUUUUUAUUUUAUUUUUCUCUUAUUUUACUUGCUGUUAUAAAGAUUGGUCAAUUUUUCUCGAGAUAUAUUCGCUCUUGAUCGGACCCAGCGAUCGAUGUUGUCGAUGGACCGAGGAAGAGACAUAUCAUUACGGUGCCAUAAUUUCUGCAGGUAGGAUCUAGUGUUGUAUUUAAGAAACUUAUUUUAUGUAUAAAGCUAAGAAUACUUAUAUCUAAUAUAAAGUAUAAACGAGGUUAGGCAAUUUGGUGAUGUUGGAAAAAUUUGGAAGCUCACAUCUUCGUAAAAGGUAAAAAUAAGAAAAUAUUUUUGAUUGUAUUAUUCGAGCAUUUUCAUUAUAGAGGUAUAUCUCAAUAAUACAUACAUACGGUGUUUGAACGAAUCAAAUACACGAUUUUUUCAUGUAUAAAAUAUGAACGAUUGCAAAAAUAACGAAAUGGUACGUUUAUCAAUGAUAGCGUAUCUUUUCUUCGCAACAAAAAAUUGAUUCGAUCUCUACAUACAAGAGAAGAUUAUUUUAUCAAUUCGAAGUAAGCCAUGAGAAAAUCGUUGUUUGUCAAUAAUUGUUUUAUUGCUACACAUUAAUUAACAGGUAGAAUGCAUCACAAGGAAAAGAAGUAAUGAAUAUUCAUGCAAUCGAUCAAUUUUUACAUAGAUUUAUUCCAAAUAAAUAGUUCCUUUAUUGUUAUUUUCUUCAAAUAAUUUUUUUCGCGAUCAGAGGAAAUAAAAUAUAUAACGUACAGAAGUUAUUCGAGAAAUAAAUUAUUUUAUAUCGCGAGAGCUUAGAAUUAUCGGUAAGUAGAUCGAACAGUGAGAAAGAGAGAGAGAGAGAGAGAGAAUUGAGAAGACAGUAUUAAUACAGUACCUAAUGAUAAAUCCAUAGGCGAUAGGUGGUGUUUAUAAUGAAACAGCAAUAAUCGAUUACGUGGGAGCCAAAAUGAACAAAUGAUAACUAUAAAUAGUAAAAAUCAAAUAGUGUGGUGAUACUUCUCGGCUUGUCCACGAUUAUCGGUUGUUGCAUAUUUGGUACGAUGGUUGAUGCAUUGCUGGAUGAAGGAUGAUAGUUACUAAAUAGCGAUAUUAUUCUAUUUGUGCAGCGAUGAUUACUUAUCUGACGUUCAGAGUAAAUUAUAUGUAUGACUAGCGGCGUAACUUACAGAUACGUUAACAGGAUAUCGAGGAUAUUUUUAUGCUUAAUUAAUUAUAUCGUUGAUUCUAGUCGGUAAAAAAGGUCACUAAAAAUUAUAUAUAUAUACAUAUACAUAUAUAUAUAUAUAUACACAAGUACACAGACACACAUAUACAUAUAAAUACUUACUUUCAGCCGUAUUUGUACAUUGCCAUACAAGUUUUAAAGAAGAAAUAAAAAUAUUAAAUUGUGUGUAA